UCGGCCGGAGAAGAGCUAUAGUUGGGGCGCCCACCAUGUCGCCCAGAGCAGAUGCCUUCUCGCACCUCUACGAAAACGUCUCCAGGCAAGUCCUGGAACCUUCCUUCAGGUCAGCGCCUCGCAUGUUAGCUUGGAAUGUGCCCUCCCACGAGUUGGUCAACAUUCCUGAGCACUGGCUCUCCUACCCUGAGCCGGACCCUUCCUGGCACUACAUGCUGGCGCUCAUCUACAUCGGCCUCACCAUCGUCGCCCUCACUGGAAAUGGCCUCGUCAUCUGGAUUUUCGGAACGGCCAAGUCUCUGCGCUCGUCAUCAAACAUGUUCGUGGUGAAUCUGGCAAUUGCCGACUUCAUGAUGAUGUUGAAGACGCCAAUCUUCAUCUACAACUCGUUCCACGAGGGCUACGCACUCGGCUACCUGUACUGCCAGAUUUUUGCAGCGGUCGGCUCCAUGUCCGGAAUCUUGCAGGCCACCACCAACCUUUGCAUUUCCUACGACCGAUACAGGACAAUUUCGCGACCCCUUGACGGAAAACUGAGCAAAGGCAAGGUUUUCUUCAUGAUCCUUCUGACCUGGGGCUACGCUAUUCCGUGGACCUUGAUGCCGCUGACCAGUUACUGGGGCCGAUUCGUUCCAGAGGGUUAUCUGACGAGUUGCACAUUCGACUAUCUGACCAACACCAUGGAGAACAAGAUGUUUGUCUUCUUCAUCUUCGUCUUCUCGUACUUCAUCCCGAUGUUCUCCAUCAUUUUCUUCUAUUCGCAAAUCGUCGGCCACGUCGUCAACCACGAAAAAGCUCUGAAGGCGCAGGCAAAGAAGAUGAACGUGGAUUCGCUGAGAAGUGGUGAAAAGGCAAAUGCCUCUGCUGAGAUCCGUAUCGCCAAAACCGCAAUUGGCAUCUGCGCCCUUUUCGUCGCUUCCUGGACACCCUACGCAGUUCUUGCCCUGAUCGGAGCUUUUGGAAAUCAAGCAUUAUUGACCCCGACGAUGUCCAUGCUGCCAGCCUUGUGCUGCAAACUGGUCGCCUGCAUCGACCCAUAUGUUUACGCCAUCAGUCACCCAAGAUACAGGCACGAGCUGCAGAAACGCCUGCCGUGGUUGAAAAUCAACGAGCCCAGUGCUGCGUCCGACACAUCUUCAGUCAGCACAACUGCCACCUCUGAAAACACCGAAAAAUAAUUAAAUAAAUUUUAAUUCAACGUUGACGACCAAUCGCAAUUCUACUUUGGACUUCUCUAAUGGAAAACCUCUGCUCGUCGCUUUUCCUUCUUCUCCGCAAAAAUGAGAAGGGUGAAAAUUUGAAGAUAAAAAUCCCUUUUUUUCUGCAUGUAGACUUCAGGAUUAUUUCUGAAUACAAUUCAACCAGCAAUAAUUUUCGUUUCUUU